GAAAUGUCAAAUCGAAGAAAUUUUCUACGACGAGUUUUAGUUGGCGGGAGAAAAUUGAAAUAAGCGAAAAUAAAAAAAGCAAAUCCAACCAAUACAAUGUAUAAAAUUGGGACGACGCGACAAAAGUAUUCCUGUUUGCUGGAAAUGCUGAAUGAGAAACCAGAUAUAGCACAAGGGUUUACUAGGUACUCAAAGGAGGAAGUGACUGCAUUUUGGGAAAACGUUGCAAAAGAACUGAAUAGUAUUGGGCCGCCUAUAAAAGAUGUGUCUACGUGGAAAAAAGUGUGGUGUUAUUGGAAGUGCUAUGUCAAACGCAAGCUCAUGGAAAAUAAAAGAGAGCAGACAGCUACGGGGGGCGGAAGAAAUCGGCAGCAUAGUUUUACAGAUUUGGAGGAGGGAGUGAUAAAGCUAGCAGCGUUAGAAGUCUGCACCUCAGGCUGCAAAAACACAGUUAGUGUCGGACUACCUGAAGAUCCUCAGGAAAAAGGCCCCGAAACCGAUGCUGAUGUGUCCAUGGUGUCGGAAGCUUGUGGUUNGUGUCUGAAGCUUGUGGUUCAUCACUGCCACGGCGUACUUCCACUCCACAAAAACGAGCGGACUCGGAAACAUUAA